AUGGGAUACGAUUUGAAAGGCCGGAAUGUUCUGAUUACGGGAGGAUCAAGGGGACUGGGCGCAAUCAUCGCUCUCAAAUUCGCUGCCGAGGGUUGCAAUGUCUGCAUCAACUACGUGAGCAACAAAGAGGCGGCGGAGGGAGUUCAGAAGGGCAUCCAGAGCAAGUACAGCGAUAUUAAGACGAGUAUCAUUCAGGGGGACUGUGGGGAUCCCUCCGCCUGCGCCGCCUGCGUCGAGCACACCGUAUCGACCUUCGGCGGCAUCGACAUCAUCAUCGGCAACGCGGGCUGGACGAAGAUUUCCGACUGGACCGAUCUGGAUUCCCUCAGCUUCGACGACUGGGACAAGUGCUGGAACGUCAACGUCAAGGGCAAACUGGCCCUGAUGAAAGCGGCGAAACCACACUUCAACGCCAACCCUGAUGGCGGCUCGUUCAUUAUCACCAGCUCCAUUGCGGGCAUCAAGGCCAGCGGGUCCAGCAUGGCAUACAGCGUCACCAAGACCGCGCAAAUGCACCUGAUGCUCUGCCUCGCGAAGACGCAGGGCCCAAAGAUCCGCGUCAACGCCGUGUGCCCUGGCCUGCUCCUGACGGACUGGGGGAUGCGGUUCGGCGAGGAACGGUUGAAGGCGGUCAAGUCACACGCAGUGCUGAAGAGCGAGACCGAUCUGGACGAGUGCGCGGAAUGCUUCGUGGACAUCGCGAAGAAAAAGACGAUGACGGGGAGGAGCAUCGUUAUCGAUGCAGGGGCAUCGAUCGCAUAG